UCCCCAUAUAUAGAGCUCCUGGGGAGGGAGAUUUGUAUGCUUAGCUCGUGUAUUCUCUGGGGGUGUACUGCUGCCCGUCUGUAACCAUGCCGGUGGAUUUCAGUGGUACCUGGAACCUUGUUUCUAGUGAUAAUUUUGAAGGCUACAUGCUGGCCUUAGGUAUUGAUUUUGCAACUCGCAAGAUAGCAAAAAUGCUGAAGCCCCAGAAGGUUAUUGAACAGAAUGGGGACUCCUUCUCUAUUCGCACAACAAGCACUUUCCGAAACUACUUUGUCCAGUUCAAAAUUGGAGAAGAGUUUGAGGAAGACAACAAAGGCUUGGACAACAGAAAGUGCAAGAGUGUAGUGACCUGGGAUGGUGACAAACUGGUUUGUGUCCAAAUGGGAGAGAAGAGAAACAGAAGCUGGAGUCACUGGAUUGAAGGAGACGAGCUUUAUUUGGAACUCCGGUGUGAAGACCAAGUAAGCAAGCAGGUUUUCAAGAGAGCAUCAGGCUAAUCCCAGAGACAUAACGUGGCAGGCAACUAUAAAAGUUGUGGAAGAAUAGGUGGAAAGAUGUUCUGAUUUCAGAAGCUUUGAUCAAGAUGGCAGCUUUAUAAGUCAACUGUCUUGUCUACUGCAUUUCCUAUGGAUCUUGAGAUCAAACGCUGUAACUGUUAUCAGUACUUAUUAUUAAAGAUAACUGUAAUAAGCAACUUGAGU